AUGUCGUUCAACACUCAAAGCCCGACUACCAACAACAGCACUGGCCAGCAGUCAGGCCCUCAAAGCUCACAACGGAGGGCAAAAAAGACCUGGGAUAGGCCAGAUCAAGCCGGGGCUAUCGACCCUCGCAUACUAUCAUCCCCACAGCACAACAGCUCGGAACCCUCUCCAGACUUCGCCUCCCUCUUGGCCACCGCCGCGGCCGCCAGCAUCACCGCAGCCCAAGCCCAAUUCCAACUGGUCAUCGCCCGCGACGUCGACAUGGACGGCGGCGGCAGCGAUGGAAACACCAGCAGCGACGAGGGCAGCGACGGCGGCACAGACGACAGCACGGGCGCCACGGCCAUGCCCGAGACGAUCGAGGAGCUGGCCACGUAUUCGGACGAGGUGAUUGUGGCGCACGCGACCUUGCUCCCCUACCUCGCCGGGCGAUACACCAACCCGGGUCUGUACCUGCAGCUGGCCCGAGUGGCGUUCUUGGCGCAGGCGAGGGAGCGGCCGCAGUUCGAGCCGCCGAAGCUCGAGAUGGUGGAGCCGGGGACGGCCGUGGUAGAGCGCCGGCGGGAGCAGUCGCUGGGUGUGAUGCUCAUGAGACACAAGCUCAUGUUGUUGGAGCAGCAGUGGGAGCAGCCCAGGCAGCAGCAACAACCUCAGCAACAAGAACCAGCACCUCGUGGCGGGCAAGACAUGGAUGCUGGAUUGUUGGAUCAGCAGGAGUACCAGGGUCAUCAAGUGUCUGGCUACUGUGUGGACGAGGAUGGCGACGUAGAAAUGGAGGAUGCUUGGCUGUGA